AUGGCUGACAAUAACAUUGAGCAAGUUGAGAAGAAAAAUAAGGGGAGGCAAAGAGUGGAAAUGAAGAGAAUGGAAAAGGAAAGCAACCGCUUAGUUACCUUCUCAAAACGCCGUUCUGGUCUUUUUAAGAAAGCCAGUGAGCUGUGCACCUUAUGUGGUGCAGAAGCUGCAAUAAUUGUUUUUUCUCCAGGAAGGAAGGUCUUUUCUUUUGGCCAUCCUUCGGUUGACACUGUCAUCAACCGUUAUUUAAUGGCUGAUUCAUUUUUCAGAGGCGCUAUCUAUAAUAACGGUGAAAGCUCUGAGAAUCAUGAUCCAACUCUCAUGAGUUCCUACAUGAAUCUUACCAUGAUCAACAACCAAAUUGAGUUGGAGAAGAAGGAAAGUAAAGAACUUUUCGUUUCAAGAAAGACAAGGGGGGAAGAAUACAAGUGGGCUGCUCCAAUUGGAGAACUUGGCUUAGAAGACCUUAAAAAGUUUCAAGUGCCGCUGGACGAGUUGAAGUCGGAAGCAUAUAAACUGUAUUUGAAGUUCGCCAAGGACGGUACUAAAACAGGGAGUGCUGUAGAACCUGCCUAUAAUUUCCCACCCGAAAUGGUGGAAGGGCAAAACCCUAUCCCUUCCCAUUUUGGGGUUCACCCUCAUCUUAUGGUCCCAACCAACUUGGUUGAAGGCCCAAAUAAUUAUGACCAUUCUCAGAUGAUGAUGAUCCAACCUCCCAUGGGAGGAUUUGGAGAUUCGUCAUUCACAAUGGGGUCAAAUGGCAUAUCCAUGAAUCACCAUUUUAAUACAAAUGGUAGUUCUAGUGCUAGUGGGAAUUCUGGACUAUCAUUGCCAAAUCCCAUGGGACUGGGUUUUCCUGCCUCCAAUUUUUUCCCAUCUUUCCAAGGGGAAAACAACCCCAUGGAAGGCGGUCAAUUUAUUGGGCACCCCCCUAUGCCACCAUUGAAUAUGCAGGGUAUGAACCCUAUUCCAAGUCAUUUCCAGACUUUCACUCCCUUGCUGAUGGGAGGAAAUGGCCCAAACGCCCCAGGUUCGGCCUUCCUGAUGGAAGGAAAUGGCCCUAAUGCCCCAGCUCCGACUUUCCUGAUGGAAGGAAAUGGCCCAAAUGGCCCAGCUCCGACCUUCCCGGUGGGAGGAAAUGGCCCAAAUGCCCCAGCUCCAGCCUACAAUCAUCAGGGUGGCAUGGGAUUCGGUAAUGAAAGGUUGCACUAG